UUUCAUUCGCGCGUCGUCUGCUUCGCCGGGGCACUUGUUUCGUGGUGGUGCGCCGGCUUUUACUGACAUCCAGGUAGAGUCGCCGUUUUGUUGACUUUUUUUCGAGGAAACUUGGCUCUGGUCGGUGCGGGUUCGAACCUCAGCGGUGCAAGACGGAGCGCUACGGUGAAGGAUUUCGCUUGGACCGCAGACGGGCGUCAUGGUGAAAAGAACAGAUGAGAUGAAGCUGGAUGUGCCCACGUUCAUCAAUCCGGGGUUUCAAGACGACGAGAAGAAAGCCAUCGAAGCCAACGGUCACACAAAUGGUGCCGUCGCGAAUGGCGCUGCUCACAACCACCCUCCCAUGGAGCUCAAGCCUGUCGUCGACCACGACGAGUCUUCGCCGACCAUCGAAAGAGGUCAGUGGGGCAGCAAGGCCGAGUUCAUCCUCUCCUGCAUCGGGCUCUCCGUGGGGAUCGGCAACAUCUGGAGGUUCCCUUUCCUGGCCUACCAGAAUGGAGGAGGCGCUUUCCUUCUACCGUACGUCAUUCUCAUGCUACUUGUGGGCAAGCCCAUGUACUUCAUGGAGGUUGCCGUCGGCCAGUUCACCAGCCUUGGCCCGAUGUCCAUGUGGAGGUGUCUGCCUAUCGCCAAGGGCGUGGGAGCAGCCAUGGUUGUGGUGUCGUUGAUAGUGGCCGUCUACUACAACGUCAUCCUGGCCUACACCGUGUUCUACAUGGCUCAGAGCUUUCGCUCGGUGCUUCCCUGGGAGGACUGCUUCGAGUGGUGGGGUGCCGACCCGGAGACUUGCUACGUGCGCACCAACAACGUGGAGCGCUGCGUGUCGGUGGAAGGAAACCUGGUGCGAGAGUACAUGAACAUCACGAACGUGACCAACGGAGUUCUCAUCGUCGCCAACAACCUGACGGCCGUCGUUCCCACUGACGUCUUCACCUCUAGAUACGACAACUGCACCAACGCAACGCAGACAGCGAGUCAACAGUUCUGGGAGCGCUACGUGCUGAACAUCACCAGUGGUAUCGAGGACUUGGGCGUCAUUCGAUGGGACUUGACCCUGUGUCUGUUGGCCAGCUGGGUCGUCGUCUUCCUGUGUCUCAUGAAGGGAGUCAAGUCCACCGGAAAGGUCGUAUACUUCACGGCGACGUUUCCUUAUCUCGUGUUGAUCAUUCUGCUCGUCAAGGGAGUCACCCUUCCCGGAGCCGUGGAAGGGAUCAAGUACUUCAUCAUUCCCGAGUGGCACAGACUCCUUGAGAUCGACAUUUGGCGCAAGGCAGCAGAGCAGCUGUUCUAUUCCCUCGGCAUCUCUUGGGGAGGUAUCAUCAUGUUCGGCUCGUACAACAAGUUCAGCAACCCAGUGCACAGAGACGCUCUGUUCGUGAGCACGAUGGACUUCAUCACCAGCAUCAUCGGUGGCAUAGUCAUCUUCUCGGUGCUCGGCAACAUGUCCACCGAACUCGGCAUCGAUAUCAAGGACGUCGCCAAAGCUGGUCAAGGCCUGGCGUUCGUGGCAUACCCGGAGGCGCUGUCCCGACUCGUCAUUCCCCAGCUCUGGUCCUUCCUCUUCUUCUUCAUGCUCUUCCUGCUCGGAUUGGACAGUGAGUUCGCGCUUUUGGAGACCUUCCUGACUGCAUUCUACGACGAGUUCCCGAGGUCCAGGCGAUACAAGAUCCCCCUCACCUUCGGAAUCUGCCUACUCUGCUUCCUCGUCGGUCUGCCGUGUGUCACACAGGGCGGUCAAUACGUCUUGAAUCUGAUGGACACGUACGCUGGAGGCGGCGCCGUUCUGUUCAUCGCCAUCUGUGAAAUCGUCGGGCUCAUGUGGUUCUACGGUGUGAACCGCUUUUGCGCCGAUCUGAAGCUCAUGCUGGGACACGACAUUGGCUGGUACUGGAAGGCCAGUUGGCUCGUCUUCUCGCCCUGCAUUCUCGGGUUCCUGUUCAUUUACGGCCUAGUCAAGCACAAGCCCAUCAUGUAUGACGACAUUGUGGCGUACCCGACGUGGGCUGAUGGUAUUGGCUGGCUCCUGGCCAUGCUUUCCAUGGCACAGAUCCCCAUCUGGGGCGUAUUCAUACUGCUGAAAAACUGGAAGAAUCCCAGAAAGGCCUUCCAGCCAGAGCGUAAGUGGGGCCCUGGCGACCCCGUCGAGAUGCAGCUCUACCACGCCCAUAAUGGUGGUGUCACGAACCUCGGCUUCCAGGGCAGCGACAGCUACCGCUACUGAUGAACCAAAGAAGUCUUCUAUAUCCAGUGGCACAUGCCCACUUCGGCAC